AUGAGAGUUACUUCUGGAUGGGUAGCCCUCGCAGGGUGCUUGCUGAGUCUAGCUGGCGGGGCAAAAGCGAAUUCACCUCCUGUCAGUAUAUCGCUGGAAACUAGCUGGGCUGCACCACCAUUGUUGCUUGAAAUACUAGAAACGGUAUAUGAAGAAUCACCCUCGUCGUACUUCUCUUUACUAUCCCUUCUACCCAACUUAUCCGAGAAAGAUUACGAGUCUGACGAGUCUCUCCUCGAAUCAAUGAAGAACCUCAUCUCUUCAUACUCCCUCCUGUCGGGAUCAGAGUCGACUUUCGAUCUGGUUUUAGCCUUACACACUGCUGUACCUAAGAUACAAGCUCAAUUUUCCUGGUAUGAAAGUGCGAUCAGACCUAAGGAGAGGCAGCUGGGCGUAGAGGCUUGUAAAGAAGAUGGAUGGGUCGAAUGGAGAGGAAAGGGGUUCUGCGGGGUCGAAGAGCUGAAACGAGAUGUGGAGAUGAGUAUAGAAGAAGGGCUACAUCAUCUGGAUUCACAAGCAGACACCUUACCAUUCGACCAUAUCUCUUCGCCUACCUCUACCUCCUCAUUAUCUUCUUCAGCAGUAUUGUACUUCAAGCCCCAUUCACAGAAUUCAGCAAACCUACUAAAUUACCUAUCAUAUCAUGAAUCGCAAUAUCCAAACUUCCACUACAUCGUAAGGUAUCUCCGGCCAACAUCACCGCUUUCGGAGAACGAGAUGCAGAGGAAGACACCUUUGAGUGGGUGGGGAGUGGAAAUGGCUUUGAAGAAGAUGGACUAUUUAGUGGUUGAUGAUAGACUUACUGGAUCGUCAAGCUCUUCUCAGACACAAAAUGGAACUAAUAUAGGAGGACACAGCGAAAAGGGAUUGUUCGAAGAUGUUUUGGGUAAAGAUCCAUGGACUGAUCUAGCUACUCCCUUGACCAAUGUAGAGAUCAGAGAUCUAGGUCUGAAAUCAUCGACGUUGAUCAAAUCAUCCUCUAGUCCUUUGGAGGCCCUGAGAGUAUUAUCUCAGGACUUUCCAAAAUAUUCUGCUUCACUAGCGAGAAAAGUGCAGGUUCCUGAUGAGAUAAGGGAUAAAGCCAAGUCAUUGUUGAGAAGAGGCGAAGCAACCGAAGCUAUAUAUAUCAACGGGAAAGGCUGGGGCGAGGGAUUGGACGCUUAUGGCCUCCUUCGCGCUAUUCGGACCGAAAGGCAUCACGUUCUAUCACUCACAUCCCUCGGUCUUACCCCCAAACAGGCCAUCGACCUCAUCGCUGAUCCCGUGAUAGGAGAGGCGCAAGUCGAAGACUCGCCAGGAGAAGGUACUGUCGAUGCAAGUGAUAGGGUGGAAGGCGGAGAUGUCAUAGUAUAUUGGAAUAAUAUCGAGAAAGAUAAAAGGUACAAGAACUGGCCCACUAGCCUUGGGGGAUUCCUUCGACAAUUAUACCCAGGUCAAUUCCACACCGUCCGAAAGAACACCUGGAACCUCAUCUUCGUUCUCGACCUUGCCCAGGUCUCAUCACUCGAUAUCAUCGCCAAUUCGAUCAGUCCGAUGAUUCAACGUGGCCUACCGAUCCGAUUCGGUGUCGUACCGAUGUUCGAGUCUGGGAAGGAUGAUAUAUCUGCCCAAAUGGCAAAGAUAUUCCAUUACGUCGUCAAGACCUUUGGCCGAGGAUCCACAAGAGAUUUCUUGGCAGCUCUGGUCAGCGCGACUCCCCAUAGCCCACAGCUUCCUGGAGUCCUUACUCUGGAUACUGUCAGGAAAGCCUACGAUAUGCUUUCUCUCACCUCGACCAAAACGGGCUUACCGUUCGACGAAGUAUUAUCAACUGAAUUGUUCGAUCCUCAUCUCGAGAAGACUGCGGCUUACAUCACCAGACUAAUGGCUACUAAAGAAGAAUCAGCGCAGGGUCACUUGUUUGUGAAUGGAAAGCAUACGAUCGUUAAUGGGCACUGGCCAGCGGUCGUUCAGAACGAAAUGGCAACUCAACUUGCUUUCCUGCAGAAACAAUUGAUACGAGGUGAACAACCUGAAGAUGUCGCCAAUUUCUUCUACGAUUUACCGUCCACUUCCAGGAGGAGAAACAAACUUAUCAACCCUGGUCAAGGUGAAGGCAAACUGAAGGUGUUCAAUCUUUUGGAUAUCUUUGAAGGGGACAUUACGAAGAGAUUGAUGAAUGACUUCGUAUAUCCUGGAGGAGAAGGUGUUACGCCUGUCACGAUGUGGGUGAUUGGUGAUCUGGACAGUAAAGAAGGUCAAAAAGUCGUAGAAGACGCUUUGAGACACGUACAGAAUCCUAACGGGGCUAGUCGACUAGGUUUCGUCCAUGUACCAACCAAUGACCCAUCUGCACCAAGGUCGACGUACAGACUUUCAACCGCCUUGUAUCAAUUACACGCCUCGUCUUUGCUGUCGAAAGCCUCUGCUGAGGAAUUGCUGGAUAUCAUCAGAGGGUUGGAUUGGAGCAACGAUAAUGUGGAUCGACUGAACAUUCCAUCUUCCGAUGACGAAGAAACACAAGCCAAAGUGAUCGGUAGCACCGAUUCGAAUGGGCAGAAAUGCUUUACGGUUACUCUUAGCGAGGAGGACACGAAGAAGUAUUUCGAUCAUCAUCCGAUACAUAAAGCGGCGUUCGAUGGUGUGUCAGCCAUUGAUACUGCUGCUGCUGCCGAGUUUUGGAAGACUGGUACUGCGAUCGCGAAGAGACUAGGCUUAAGAGAUGGUAAACCACAUUUGUUGGUCAACGGACGCCUGGUCGGUCCUCUCACACCUCAAAACUUUAUACUUGAAGAUUAUGAUGCGCUCGAAGCGUAUGAGUAUAGGAAGCGGGUCAAGCCUGUUAUCGAUCUCAUACAAACGAUGUAUGAGGAUAUAUCAGUGUUCGAUAGAUCAACCUUAUCCAAUCUCCUCGCGGUGUCUUCCUCGGUGAUCGCAUCAGCUUACAAGCCCGACUCGGCGGAAGGUAUAUUCGUGCCUACGCAAGCUGCCAGAGCCAGAUUGUAUAAGAAGCUGGAUGACGGUACUUUGUCAUUCACUCUUGGAGACCCGGAGAAAGCUAUUCUUGAUGUGGCUGUCAUCGUUGAUCCUAUAUCGGAGAAUGCGCAAAAAUGGUCUACAGUCUUACAGACCCUAUCUGAGAUGGACAACGUGACUAUCACGGUAUAUCUUGAGCCUCAACCUUCGUUGUCCGAGGUCAAAUUGAAACGAUUCUACCGAUCUUCUAUACCUUCAAAACUCACCUUUGACGUUGAUGGAAACGUCAUCGCGCCCGGUGUCACGUUCCUUGAUCUCCCUACGACGCCAAUCUAUACGUUGGGUCUUGAAACACCACCUUCAUGGAUUGUAUCACCCAGAACUUCCCCUUACGAUUUGGAUAAUCUCGUAUUAUCGAACAUUCACUCGCCAGUACAUAUAUCAUUCACUCUCAAACAGCUCUUGAUAGAGGGUCACGCAAGGGAAUCGACCAAUGCGCCUCCAAGAGGACUUCAACUACAGCUUACUACGAAUGGAAUUGAAGUAGCUUCCGAUACUCAGGUCAUGGCGAAUUUGGGAUACUUCCAGUUCAAAGCUACUCCCGGAGUGUACGAUCUGUCGAUCAGACCCGGAAGGGGUAGAGAGGUAUAUGAAUUGGAGAGUGUAGGAAGUGAAGGUUGGGAUAGUGCCAGUGUCAACAUAACGGGGCCAAGUGUGAUUCUGGAUAGCUUCGAAGGAAAUACCAUCUUACCACGAUUUGUCAGACGGCCUGGUAUGGAGAUAGCUGACGUAUUGAAUGAGGAAGAGGGAAAGAAGGAUCCUGAAUCUUUCGCUGGAGCUGUAUUUUCGAAGAUGAAAUCUAUAGUGGGACUAUCAACCGAAGUGAUAUCUACUAAACCGAAGAGUCGACAUGCGGAUAUCAAUAUCUUCACUGUUGCUUCGGGCUUACUAUACGAGCGGUUCGCUUCAAUCAUGAUUCUGAGUGUCAUGAAACAUACCAAGAGCUCAGUCAAGUUCUGGUUCAUCGAAAACUUCCUGUCUCCUACGUUCAUUGAUUUCAUACCUAAAUUAGCAGAAGAGUACAACUUCCAAUACGAAUUUGUCACCUACAAAUGGCCACAUUGGUUGAGAGCUCAAACUGAGAAACAACGUAUCAUUUGGGCAUACAAGAUUCUCUUCCUCGAUGUACUAUUCCCCAUGGACCUUGAUAAGGUGAUCUUCGUAGAUGCUGAUCAAAUCGUACGAACCGAUAUGAAAGAACUUGUUGAUGUCGAUUUGCACGGUAGGGUAUAUGGUUAUGCACCUAUGGGGGAUAGUAGAACGGAAAUGGAGGGUUUCAGGUUCUGGAAGACAGGAUAUUGGAGAGACGCGCUGAGAGGAAGACCAUAUCAUAUCAGUGCACUCUACGUAGUCGAUCUCAAGCGGUUCAGACAGCUGGCCACAGGAGACCGCCUUCGAGGUCAGUAUCAUGCCCUUUCGGCUGAUCCAAAUUCGCUGGCAAACUUGGAUCAAGAUCUACCGAACUCCAUGCAGGAUACUAUUCCUAUCUUCACGUUGGACCAAGAUUGGCUGUGGUGUCAGACUUGGUGUAGCGACGAGAGUUUAGCAAGUGCCAAGACGAUUGAUCUGUGUCAGAAUCCUCUAACAAAGGAACCCAAACUCGUCAGAGCCCGCCAGAUUCCGGAAUGGGAUUUAUACGAUCGAGAAAUCGCAUCUUUUGCAGCCAAAUUGCAAGGUCAGGAGGUCGGUGUAGGAGCAUUAGCAGCUAGUGUAGAUGAUUUGGCUUCCGAUGCUGAUGCAGGUACUACUUCAAGUGCUGAAGUAGAGGAAGAAGAACAGGAUCUCAGGGAUGAAGAAGAGACAGAAAGGGUUGUGGAAGAUAAUGAGACAGAUGAAGAGAUCAUCGAUCAGAUGUUGGAAGAGUCAAGGAGAUUGGAUGAUGAACUGUAG